CCGCCGACUGGGCUCCUCGGGCGCUCCACCGCACCUGGCAUUGAGCGCCGCGAUGUGGGCCGCGCUGCCGCUGCUGUGCACCGGGACCUGGCUGCUGAGUGUCCGGGCCACCGCCGAGCUGUCCGUGAACGCCAUAGAAAAGUUUCACUUCAAGUCAUGGAUGACACAGCACCAAAAGACAUACAGCUCAUUGGAAUACAACUACAGACUGCAGACGUUUGCCAACAACUUGAAGAAGAUUCAUGCCCACAACCAGAGGAACCACACAUUUAAAAUGGGAUUGAACCAGUUUUCAGACAUGAGCUUUGCUGAAAUAAAACGCAAAUACCUCUGGUCAGAGCCUCAGAAUUGUUCAGCCACCAAAGGUAACUACCUCCACGGUUCUGGCCCCUACCCUCCCUCCAUUGACUGGCGGAAGAAAGGGAAUUUUGUCUCACCAGUGAAGAAUCAGGGAUCCUGUGGCAGCUGCUGGACUUUCUCCACCACGGGAGCCCUGGAGUCUGCUGUAGCCAUUGCCAGCGGGAAGAUGCUGUCUCUGGCUGAGCAGCAGCUGGUGGACUGUGCCCAGAACUUCAACAAUCACGGCUGCGAAGGAGGUCUCCCCAGCCAGGCCUUCGAAUACAUCCUAUACAACAAGGGCAUCAUGGGAGAGGACACCUACCCUUACAGAGGCAAGGAUGGUCACUGCAAAUUUGACCCCAAAAAAGCCAUCGCGUUUGUCAAGGAAGUCGCCAACAUCACACUCAAUGAUGAGAAAGGAAUGAUGGAAGCUGUGGCAUUACACAACCCUGUGAGCUUUGCCUUUGAGGUGACCGAGGAUUUUAUGUUGUAUCAAAAAGGCAUUUACUCCAGUAAUUCAUGUCAUAAAACUCCAGAUAAGGUAAACCAUGCAGUCCUGGCUGUUGGCUAUGGAGAGAAGGAUGGAAUACUCUACUGGAUCGUGAAAAACUCUUGGGGCACCCAGUGGGGGGAUAAAGGGUACUUCCUUAUUGAACGUGGAAAGAACAUGUGUGGCCUGGCUGCCUGUGCCUCCUACCCCAUUCCUCAGGUAUAAGCCAAGGCUGCAAAGGCAGCUGGUAGGCAAAGUGAGGAACCAGCCCUUCAAUGGAAAUCCUGCCCUGGAGGACAUUGUGGGGAAAUUCACCCAGAGUUCCCCUCAGCCCUGCACUGAGCCUAGAAGAAAAGAACAAAGACUUGUAAGUGAGGAAGAAGAACUUCACCAGCCAUCACCAGCCACAUUCCUUGACUGUGGUUUUGAACUGACUCCAACCCCCAUGGCCGAGGAUCUCUCCUUCCAGCUCUCCUCACUUAGAGAACAGUGGCCUUCUCUGUGUUGUGUGUUCAAUAAAUGCAAUGAACUCCUCCCUGG